ACGACCUGUUAAAUGAAAAAAAAAAAUGAGUAAAAACAACCGAGAAAGGCACAUCUAGAUUAUAAUUAAAUAUAAAUCCAACUGGCUACGUAAUCACCAUCCGAAUUUUGGCUCUUCCUUGAACAGAAUAGCUAAACCAAUCGUAUCAUACAACUACUAACUCGGUGUUAACUUGAAAGAGGUAGGCAACGGCCUGCUAAAUUUAUCCCAGGGGCUAUCUUUCAAUUUUCUUUUUUACCGUGACUCCUCUCAUUUAGUUUUCUCCCCCUGGGCUACCACCAGAACGUGCACUCAACACCGCAACCCGGAGAGCCCCACAGAAAAAUCAGUCAAGCCUAAUAUCCCAGAUGAGCCAAGUUAUCCACCAUCCCAAAUCAUAUUUCCAAUACCAAAUAAUAAAAUUCAACCAUUCAAUUGCAUUUCCAUUUUCCCUUGGAAGCAAUCGACCGCGAGUAUAAACGCUCUCGGUGCGACAAUAAAUCGUUAAACGGUAUUACAUCUCUGAGUGAUCAUAAACGGAAAGGUUCAGCGAACCCGCGAGAUUUGAAAGCUAGUUUGUCAGGUGCGAAGUUGGUUUUUUUUAUUAUUAUUAUUUUUCAAUGACAAUGGAGCAGUCACAUGUAACAGAGGCUCCUGCCACUGCUCAUCGUCUUCAUCUAGGCGAUGGUAUAACACUGUCUGGUCUUCGUCGUGCCAUUUCCCAAGUGUCUAUGCUGGUGGUCAAGGCCACAACCUCGGGGGAAACUGCCUGGCGUGAAGAGUGUCUCAAAUAUCGACAGACGAGAUUCAGCUCUAGGCGAGUGAGAAAACGAGUGGUGUUUAAGCACGGUGAUUGCAACGUUGUCCAAGGAAACGUCGCCAAAAGACGUCGCAGAUAUCUCCAGGACAUUUUUACGACACUGGUGGAUGCUCAAUGGCGCUGGACUCUCCUCGUAUUCUCGAUGAACUUUUUACUCUCGUGGUUGGGGUUUGCGCUUGUCUGGUGGCUCAUAGCCUGGGCCCACGGCGAUCUCGACCCCCGAAAUUUCACUGACGCCAACAAAACUUUCACCCCCUGUGUCGAGGACAUUCACGGUUUCACCAGUUGUUUUUUAUUCUCCGUCGAGACUCAGCAUACCAUUGGGUAUGGAUCGAAGCACACGACGACAGAAUGCCCCCAGGCAAUAUUCGUAAUGUGCAUCCAAUCAAUGACCGGAGUUAUCCUACAGGCAUUCAUGGUUGGCAUUGUGUUCGCCAAGUUAUCACGUCCAAAGAAACGCACUCAAACCCUCUUAUUCUCCCGUAAUGCGGUGAUUUGUCAAAGAGACGGCCAACCAUGCCUAAUGUUCCGAGUCGGAGACAUGAGGAAGAGCCACAUCAUAGAGGCGCACGUUCGUGCACAGAUGAUAAAGCGAAAGGUGACGAGGGAGGGUGAACUCCUGCCAUUCUACCAGACAGAGUUGAGAGUGGGUGGCGAUGGGGAGGAGGACAAGAUAUUCUUUAUCUGGCCGACUACAAUCGUUCACAAAAUUGAUGAGCACUCCCCACUGUAUCAUCUCUCAGCCAGUGAUAUGCUCAAGGAACGCUUUGAAAUUAUCGUCAUGCUCGAAGGUGUGAUAGAGUCAACAGGCAUGACGACACAAGCCAGGAGCUCGUAUUUAGCAACGGAAAUACUCUGGGGUCACAGGUUCUCUCACAUUAUCACAUUUAAAAAGGAAACCGGUGAGUACGAAGUUAACUACAACCUCUUCAAUAACACAUACGAAGUGGAUACCCCUCUGUGUUCAGCAGCGGAACUUGAUCAGCUGAAAGCUCUGCAUCACGCCAAAGGAGAACGAAUGAGUUCAGCAACAUUUCCAGCAUACCGUGAAGAUUCAAGCAGCUCGUUGACAACGAGUUCCGGUUCUAGUUCAGCAUCAUCAUCUGGCGGUUUACACAUGCACUCACCAACACCACCUACGCCAAUUCCCGUAAUGAUAACUGGUCCAGACGAUUCACCAAGACGUAACAGUAUCAAUGUACAAGCGGAUCAGAGAUUAGCCAUGUUCUACACACACGAUGAGGAGGCAGACGAUCAAGCUGGUUGUAGUGGAGUUACACCGAAUGAGGGUGACCAGGAGGAUUACAAUACAGUCCUUCAGGACAUCAAUGCCAGUCUCAGAAGACAUCGCAGAGAAAGUAUUAAUUCUAGGGAUGAGAAAAAAAUUCCCAGGAAUGAGUCCAAAGCAAGCAUGAGAAAGCAUGAAUCGAAAUCUAGUUACGAUGGAAUGGAGAGAUCAUCAUCUGCCAGUGCCAUUAAAAAAUCCAUCUCAAGGGUUACUUUGGACUCAAGGCACACGAGAUUUGCAGACUCACCUCAACCCGAUGAACUCCCAAGCCACAUAGAAUCCAGUCUCGAUAAUAACCACAAAUCCGAUACCCACAGUAUGUUGAGCUACGUAGAUGAGGAUAAGAAGCCAAAGAAACUCAUACGGAUAUCACCACCCCCGCGACUCUUGCCAAGGCCAGAAGUUUCUGAUAUCAAAGCAACAAAUCAUUAUCCACAUCAUACUAAUCCGGAGGAGCAGGUCUGAAUUCAACCACUCGGAAUGCCUUCAGUUGAGAUUAUGACGAACGAUCUAAGGAUUAUUUGGAUGAGAUAAGAGGAAUGAUGCACAUGGUG